GCAGCGCUCAGGACAACAUGGUUGCCUGACUGACUGGGUUGUGUGUUACAGCAGCGUGCUGGAAUCUCAGUGGUGACUCGCUUCACCCACCACCACCACCACCACCACCACCACCACCACCUUCUCCCCCGUCAUAAAGUCCAGGCUCGGAGAGAAUAUCACGACUUGUUGGACUUAUUUCUAUCAUUAAUAGUAUAUGUGCGUCUUUGUUUACAUGUGUAUGAACGACGAGACAACGUGAGGAGAAACAGACCUUAUUAUGUUUGAUCAGUCCAUGUGACUGCCAGUGUAUUUAUCAGUUUUGGACUAUAUUGCUGGAAUGGAACUGAAUUGACGUAAAACCUGCUACAUGCUGCAGUCUUUGAGAAAACGCGUGGACAAGCUGUUCAUGUUCAUGCUUCAACUGAGGACUUCUCGGCAAACGGGACACGCAAAGGGCCAAACAAUGGAAUGCUCUCUCCUGCCUGCACUGCUCACGACUUCAGAGACUGACGUUAAACGGCUUAGUUAGCACUCUGCCUCUCCCCCUAUAACACGUACAGUCAGGGGAAGAAGAGCAUCAAACCAGAAAGGUUUCUUCCGUUAAAGCAACACACCUAACGCCUUCCUUUUUAGUUGAUCACUUUGGAUUUUUUUUUAUUGAAUUCGUAAUCCACCAAAGAACAGACGCCAAGAUGGAUUUGGAGGCGUACCUAUGGAUGGUUGUGAUUGGCUUCAUCAUUGCCUUUAUCCUGGCAUUUUCGGUUGGAGCCAAUGAUGUGGCAAACUCCUUUGGCACAGCAGUGGGGUCUGGUGUGGUCACACUGCGGCAGGCUUGCAUCCUGGCUUCCAUUUUCGAAACUUUGGGAUCCAUGCUGCUUGGUGCCAAGGUGGGUGAGACCAUCAGGAAGGGGAUUAUUGAUGUCAGCCUGUACAAUGAAACAGUGCCCAUACUGAUGGCAGGAGAGGUCAGCGCCAUGGCCGGAUCUGCGGUUUGGCAGCUCAUUGCCUCGUUCCUGAAAUUGCCAAUUUCUGGAACCCACUGUAUUGUGGGAUCUACUAUUGGCUUCUCUAUGGUGGCUAUUGGCACUAAAGGAGUGCAGUGGAUGCAGCUAGUGAAAAUUGUUGCCUCCUGGUUCAUCUCGCCUCUCCUGUCAGGCCUCAUGUCUGGCCUGCUCUUCUAUGUCAUUAGAUAUUUCAUCCUUAAUAAGGACGACCCCGUGCCGAAUGGUCUCCGUGCUUUGCCCCUCUUUUAUGCCUCAACCAUUGGCAUCAACGCUUUCUCUAUCAUGUACACUGGAGCGCCCUUGUUGGGCAUAGAGAUGCUUCCAGUAUGGGCCAUUGCCCUCAUCACCCUGGCAGGAGCGCUGGUAUGUGCAUUAUUGGUCUGGAUUUUUGUUUGUCCUUGGAUGAAAAGGAAAAUAGCAAGUCAGCUGAAAAAGGAGCUUGUUCUCUCUCGCAUUUCUGAUGAGAGUCUAGAUAAGAUCCCUGAGGAGGAAGAGGAGGCUCCAGUGUUUAAAGAGCUUCCAGGGGCAAAAGGCAAUGAUGUUGAACUGCCUCUGACUGCGGAAUCCACUGGGGAGCUGAAUAGCCUGGCAAAUGGGGGCACCGUUCUUCCUAAUGGCCGCAUGUAUGGUCGCACUCACUCAAUGACCAAUGGCUGUUUAAAGUCACCGGUGUCCAACGGAAGUUUUGCAUUCGAUGGCCAUAUGCGCAGUGACGGCCAGGUAUACCACACCGUGCACAAGGAUUCCGGCCUCUACAAGGACCUGCUACACAAGAUCCAUGUGGGUCGGCUAGAGGAGGAGCGGCCUGACCCCAGCCAGCGGAUCCUGCGCCGCAACAACAGCUACACGUGCUACACAGCGGCUAUCUGCGGCAUGCCGGUGCAACCGCUGCGGCGCUCCGAGUCGAGCUCCGCCCAUCCACCAGAGGACAGUGAAAAGCUGGUGGGCGACAGCGUUACCUUCUCCAAGAAGCGCAUACGCUACGACAGCUACUCCAGCUACUGCAACGCCGUAGCCGAGGCUGAGAUAGAGGCUGAAGAAGGUGGCGUGGAUGUGAAACUGGAAGCUCAGAAGCGUGAUUCUAUGACUGGUGAUGGGGAAGCCUUGGAGGACUGUGUCGAUGAGGACAAAGACGACAAGGAUAAGCCACAGGUCUUCCUGCUCUUCCAUUUCCUUCAGAUCCUCACUGCCUGCUUCGGGUCCUUCGCACAUGGUGGCAAUGACGUCAGUAAUGCCAUUGGCCCAUUGGUAGCCCUAUGGAUGAUAUACGACCAAGGUGGAGUGAUGCAGGAUGCAGCCACUCCUGUGUGGCUCCUGUUUUAUGGCGGUGUGGGCAUCUGUGCCGGCCUGUGGGUCUGGGGGCGCCGCGUCAUCCAGACUAUGGGCAAGGACCUCACUCCCAUCACACCAUCCAGUGGAUUUUGCAUUGAAGUAAUGAGUGCUCUAACAGUGCUUGUUGCUUCAAAUGUGGGCGUUCCUAUAAGCUCCACUCACUGCAAGGUGGGAUCAGUGGUGGCUGUUGGCUGGCUGCGCUCACAGAAAGCGGUAGACUGGCAUCUCUUCAGGAACAUUUUCCUGGCCUGGUUCGUCACAGUUCCUGUAGCAGGCCUGUUCAGCGCUGCCGUCAUGGCCCUGUUCGUCUACGGCAUCCUGCCUUACGUAUGAAAGGGAGAACGAGGGAUGGAGAAAUUGUACUGAUGGGUAACGGGGUGAAGGCAAUGGAGAAUUGUAUUAAACCUGGAGGUGGUUAGAGGAAAGGAAUUGAAAUCGGGUUAGAGAUCUGGAGAUGGCCAUGGAGAGGGGGUGGGUGUUCUUAAGUUGCCUGGGAUGCCUCUAGACUAUUCAGACUUGUUAUCUCUACAAAGGUAUCUUUUAUUUUUUUCAGUUUUAGUGUUGUAAUGUUCCUGGAAGCAGUAGAUCUUAUUUUAUCAUGUGAUAUCAAGCAGUAAUGCAAAAAUAGUUCUGCACAAAAAAUUGAUCAUGGUCACGAGUACUCAAGAAAAAGCUCAGAUGAGCUCGUAUAAGCAUAGAUUUAUAUACUCAAAAAACAGAAGUGCAUGUAUUCUCAGAUUCACCAGUACACAGGUCAUUGUUGCUCUGAACAGAUGAUGCAGUACAAAAGCACAAAGCUAAAGCUUUAUUGACCUGCAUCAUUAAAUAUCAUGGAAUUUAUACACUAAACAUCAAAAAGCAAAACUGUAAUGAGGUCACGAGGUCAUGCAAAAUAUACACUGCAAUAACUGCUGUAUCUCCUGAAAUUAUGGCUUGGGGUCUCAAAUUAUUAAAAUGUAAAUAUUUAUUAACAUGCUUUUUACAUCCGUCAUACCUCGAAAGUCUCUGCUAUUCAAUAUUACAGCUUAAGAGCAUGCAGAGAGCAGAAUAAAACACUACAAAUCAUGACUUUUAAUCAUUCUUAUUGGGUAAAAAGCUGUCGUUUUAGCAAAAAGGA